GAGAGAGAAGCGAAAAAAAAAAGACUCUAGAGAGAGAAAGAGCGCGCGCGCGGAGAGAGAGAGAGAAGCUUCGAGCGUAUAAAAGCAAUCUCGGAUCGAACGAACCCUCUCUCUCUCCAUGUGAGCUCCAAAUCGCAAUCCCCUCUCUCUCUCUCUCUCUCUCUCUCUCUCUCUCUUUUAAUUUCGCUCUAAUUUUCUACGAAUUUUUCUCAUUUUUUUCCGAUCCAAACCCCAAAAACCGAGCAAUUUUAUCAUCAUCGACUUCGGGAAUGCCCUAGUUUUGAUCGAAGAGGUGGUUUCGGAGGUAGGAGGAGGAGGAGGAGGAGAAGGAGGAGGAAGAGUAGCCAUGGCGUGCGAGGGUUUUUGGAGGUGUCUUUUGAAGCUUCUCAACUUCGUACUCAUGGUCGCUGGGGUGGGAAUGGUGGGUUAUGGGGUUUACUUGCUUGUGGAGUGGAGUAGGGUCGAUUUUGGGGGUGGUGAUGAAUUGGAGAUGCUGGAGUUUGGAAGGCCCAUGUUUCUCACUGUUUCUGCGUCUGCGAGUUUCGUCGAUCGGCUCCCGAGAGCUUGGUUCAUUUACUUAUUCAUCGGCAUUGGAGUUAUACUCUUCAUUAUAUCUUGCUUUGGCUGUCUUGGAGCAACAACUAGAAACAGAUGCUGCCUUUCUUUUUACUCUUUCUUGAUCAUCCUGAUGAUACUAGUAGAGCUUGCAGCAGCAGCUGUAAUUUUCUUCUAUCACAGCUGGAGAGAAGCAAUUCCUGCCGAUAAAACUGGAGACUUUGAGAUGAUGUACACUUUCUUAAAAGAUAACUGGAAAAUUGCCAAGUGGGUUGCCUUAAGUGCUGUAGUAUUGGAGGCAUUGAUGUUCUUGUUGGCUCUCAUAGUGAGAAUGGUGAAUGGACAUGCGGACUAUGAUAGUGACGACGAAUACAUUGCUCCACGACUCGGAACUCAGAAGCCAUUGAUUAAUAGAAUAAACAUUCCUUCCUCUGGUGAGCCCACUCUCAAUAACCGUCCGGUCCGGAACGACACCUGGAGCCAACGGAUGAGAAAGAAGUAUGGUCAUGAUACGUUGGAGUUCACAUACAAUCCGACAGAUCCAAGCAGGUUUCAGCAGGCAACUAUAGCUCCCGCGAACGACAGGGGUCGAUGUGCCAUUCUUUGAAAGACAAAAUUGUUCAUAUGAUUCCUGCUAGUGUUGUGCUCGUACAAUAGUCGGAUUUUUAGGGUUUUUUCAACUCCUAGAUUCAGUUGAGUGUGUAGAAAUAAUUGGACUUGUAAUUCUGAAGCUCUAGCAUGUUAUCAUCUUCUCUGAUAAAUCAUCUCUCAUUCUCAUCUUUAAAGGUUUCACUUUCAGAAUUUGUUGAUAA